AUGAACCGUUACAGCCCCGAGAAAAAGCUGGAGGUGUGUGUGGAGUCCCGUUCGAGCUGCGACAGCGUGGUGGCCUCGUGGCGCAACGGUAGCGCGUCUGACUCCAGAUCAGAAGGUUGCGUGUUCAAAUCACAUCCCCUUUUUGGGGCCUGCGAGGAGGAAGGAAGCCAUGGCAAGGGCCCGGCCAUCACAAGGACGGGGGAUGAGAAGAGGGAGAAGAAGGGUGAAGAAAAGGAGGAUGAGAGAGGGGCACGCCCCUUCCGGUCCCUUUCCGCCUUCCGCCAGCCAAUCGGCGCGCGUCUCUCGCCGAACGGGGGGCGCUCCCCGGCGCUCUUAAAGGGGCCACCGCCCCCCUUAACGUGUCCGGAGCCAUUUCGGCCGGUCCCGGGCCCCUCCGUCGGCAUGGACCGGCCGCCGGAGACGGGGCUUCCCCCGGACAGGAGCGACGGCCCUUCCUCCCGACGGGAGGUUGGAAGGAGCUUCGACGGCGGGCCCGGCUUGGGGGAGGAAGAGGGGGAUGGAGAGGAUGUCGUCGCCCGGGGAAACCGGCCGUUCCGGCUGCAGGACAGCCGCAGCUUGGACGGGCUGAGCGGGGCGGCGGGGGUUGGGCCGGAGGCGGGGGGGGCGGCCGGGGGGCGGCGGGCCACCAUCUCCAGCGCCCUGGAGCUGGAAGGGACGGUGAGCCGCCACGGCCACCUGACCCACUUCGUGGCCAACAACCUGCAGCUGAAGAUCCGGCUGAGCGCGGCGGCGGCGGCGGCGACCCCCCCGCAGCCCCCGCCGCCGCCGCCCCGCAUCCCGCCCAUCGACCCCGAGGUGCUGCGGGACCUGGAGCGGCUGAGCCGGGAGGUGGGCGGCCGCGUGGACCGCCUCCUCGGGGGCCUGGGCGGGGCGGUGCAGGAGCUGACGGCGCUCAGCGUGGGCUGCAUCCAGACCUACCGCGACGCCGUGGACUCGCUGGGCGAGGCCGUGGACAUGAGCAUCAAGGGCAUGUACACGCUGCUGGCCCGCUGCGAGGAGCUGGACCGGGCCCUGCAGCCCGUCCACGCCCUGGCGCGACAGGUCCGCGACAUCCGCCGCACGCUGGAGGUCCUCGAGGGGCUCUGCAAGUGACCCCCCCCCCGUCCAGACCCCCGCCCCGACGCCAAAGGGGCCGCGCGGACUGCCUCCCACCCGGGGGACGGGGGGCUCCCGGGUGAUGGGGACCCGUCUCCCGCGGCAACGAAGGACCGGUCGGAGAGGGGAUGCAGGACGGGGGGCUCCCGGGUGAUGAGGACUCGUCUCCCGUGGCAACGAAGGACCGGUCGGAGCGGGGAUGCAGGGACGGGGGGCUCCCCGGUGAUGGGGACCCGUCUCCCGUGGCAACGAAGGACCGGUCGGAUAGGGGAUGCAGGACGGGGGGCUCCCGGGUGGUGAGGACCCGUCUCCCGUGGCAACGAAGGACCGGUUGGAUAGGGGAUGCAGGGACGGGGGGCUCCCCGGUGAUGGGGACCCGUCUCCCAUGGCAACGAAGGACCGGUCCGACCGGGGAUGCAGGGACGGGGGGCUCCCGGGUGAUGAGGACCCGUCUCCCAUGGCAACGAAGGACCGGUUGGAUAGGGGAUGCAGGCCUUGGGGAGGGGGGGGCUCCCGGAUGAUGAAGACCCGUCUCUCAUGGCAACGAAGGACCGGUCCGAGUGGGGAUGCAGGCCUGGGGGAUGGGGGGCUCCCGGGUGAUGAGGACUCGUCUCCCAUGGCAACCAAGGACCUGUUGGAGCGGGGAUGCAGGGACGGGGGUCAUCCGGGUGAUGAGGACCCGUCUCCCAUGGCAACCAAGGACCUGUCGGAGCGGGGAUGCAGGGACGGGGGUCAUCCGGGUGAUGAGGACCCGUCUCCCAUGGCAACGAAGGACCGGUCGGAGCGGGGAUGCAUGGACGGGGGGCUCCCGGGUGAU